AUGAGCUUUCUGGACGCUUAUAGCGGUUAUCAUCAGAUACCACUGUUCGGUCCGGAUCAAGAAAAGACAGCAUUUAUCACUCCAAGAGGAACUUACUGUUACAGAGUGAUGCCGUUCGGCCUCAAGAACUCCGGGGCAACCUACCAGCAGAUGGUCACUCGGAUGUUCAAGGACCAACUGGGAAAAACCAUGGAGGCUUAUAUAGAUGAUAUGGUAGUCAAGAGUAAGUUCGCUACAGACCAUCUUACAGACUUGAGAGAAGUUUUUGACAUCUUAAAAAACCAUCAGCUUCGCCUCAAUGCCUCGAAAUGCACUUUUGGGGUAGGAACAGGAAAGUUCUUGGGAUAUAUGGUCACUCACAGAGGAAUUGAGGCGAAUCAGGACCAAAUAAAAGCAGUACAAGAUCUUAAAGUACUAACAAAGGCUAAGGAGCUGCAGAAACUGGCCGGAAUGACGGCCGCACUGAAUCGGUUCAUCAGCAAAUCUUCAGAUCUGAUGAAGCCCUUCUUCCAGCUUUUGAGGAAAAUGGCAGCAUUUGAAUGGAGUUACGAGUGCACUGAAGCACUGCAAAGUCUCAAAAAAUACCUCAAUACACCUCCCCUUCUGUCCACUCCAGAGCUAGGAGAGGAGCUAUACCUCUACCUAGCAGUCUUAGAUCAUGCUGUAAGUGCAGUAUUAAUUCAAGAGGUUAACAAGGAACAAAGGCCUGUCUAUUAUGUCAGCAAGGCUUUACUAGAUGCCAAAACACGGUAUCUGCCGUUGAAAAAAUUAGCCUACGCGCUGCUUAUCGCCUCAAGAAAGCUGCAACAUUACUUCCAGCGUCAUACCAUUAACGUCCUCACUGAAUUCCCCCUCAGAUCUGUGUUCAGCCGAGCCAAUUUCUCUGGCCGAAUAGCAAAGUGGGCGGUAGAACUUGGUGAGUUUAACAUUCGAUAUCAACCCAGGACAGCGAUCAAGGCCCAGCUCUAUGUUGAUGGAUCGUCCAAUGACCGAGGCUCGGGGGCAGGAGUAGUACUUAUUUCACCAGAAGGGUUUAUCUGGGAACAGGCUCUCAGGCUCAGUUGGAAGGCUUCAAACAACAAGGUCGAGUAUGAAGCAUUAUUAGCUGGCUUACGUAGCGCCGAACACUUCAGUGCAGAACAACUUCUUGUUUUUAACGAUUCACAACUAGUGGUAAACCAGCUUUCUGGGGUCUAUGAAACACGAGUUGAAAGAAUGGCUAUGUACGCAGGCAAGGCCAAGGACCUACUUAGAAAAUUUCAAUCCAUACGAGUGGAACGAAUCAGUCGAGACAAAAACAGCCACGUUGAUGCUCUAGCAUGCCUCGGCUCAUCAGUGGAUACGAAGGAUGCUAGAAAAGUUUGGGUUGAGUUUGUACCAGAACCAAGUAUUGCAUCUUCUGUCCUCUGCAACAACUUAGAGCCGAGCUGGAUGGAUCCGAUAUUUGCUUUUCUGAAAUUUGGUACACUCCCCGAAGACAAAAGGGAAGCCAACAAGGUCAGACAUAAGUCAGCUCUGUUCUGGAUCUCACCAUCUGGGAAGCUUUACAGAUGCUCCUAUCUUGGCUCCUACCUCCUAUAUGUGCAUCCAAAUCUGGUUGAGAAUGUUCUCUACGAAAUUCAUGAUGGGAUUUGUAGAUGCCACGUUGGUGGAAGGUCACUGGCACACCGAGCCCUCACUCACGGGUACUGGUGGCCACGGAUGCAACAAGAUGCGCAGCAGUACCCAGCCAAAACUCUCACCCCACUCACCAACCCAUGUUCCUUUGCCCAAUGGGGUCUGGAUAUUGUCGGACCAUUGGCGCGAGGCACGGGGAACAGGCGAUUCUUCAUUGCAGCAAUUGACCAUUUUACUAAAUGGGUUGAAGUCGAGGCAUUGGCAAAUAUCAAAGAAGUAGAUACGAGGUGGUUUGUUAUGAGAAAUGUGGUAGUGCGUUUCAGCAUCUCGCGGGUACUGAUUGCAGAUAUUGGAACACAGUUUGAUGGUAAGAUCUUCAGAAAGUUUUGUACUGACCUCAGGAUCGAGAAUAGGAACUCCUCUCCAGGGUACCCGCAAAGCAAUGGAUAG